CUCGUGUCCUCACAGAUAAAUACAACAACACAGUGUGUGUAAAAGGAAGAAAAAAAUCUACGUAUGAAAAAAAGAGAAAGAGGUAUAACAUGCACGCCUUGGUGAACGCCUUCAUGCGCUGCCUCUCCUUCCUGCUGCCUCCCUCUUGGCUUUGUGUCAGCUUGUGCUUGUGGGCUGGCAGUGAGAGCGACGAGCCCAAUCCCAGAGCUCGUUUCAAAGGCAGUAAGCCUCUUACAUAUGAGGAAGUAGCACCACUAGCAGCGGUAGAAGCCCAAGGAGGCUCCAGCUCGGUGUCUCCAGCUCCUGCAGGCUGCGUCUCGCUGGCUGCUGCCUCAAGCCCCUCCGCUCCACAGGCCUGGAUCGGGGGUCUUUGGCAAGCCGUGGAGCGCGUCUUCGGAGCCCCUUGGGUCCUUCUCCGCCAUCACUGGUGCCCGAAGAAGCGUCGAGCAGCUUUACGCGCCCCGUACCCUGUGUGUGCCUUUGAGCCGAGCGAGAGUAGAGGUUUCCAGGGAGGCAUUUCUGCUUCUGCUGCUUCUGGAGGCACCUUGCCUUGUUCCGGGAACAUGAGCGGGUCCACGGAGAGCCCCAUCCCGAACCAGUGCGUCCUGGAUGCGUCAGUGGAGCACGGCUUCGAUGAGGUAAUCACCGUGGAUCAGCACUCUCAGGAGAUGGGGACGGUGACGAUCACUGUGGCCAUCCAGGCGGCGGAGGAGGACGAGGAGCCCGUGGAGGUGUCCCCGAGCAUUAUUGACUUCCUCGGGGGCAGCUGUAGUGAGGACGAGUACGGGAGACAUGACAAAUCCAGCGGUGCAGGGACCAGCGGGGGGGAGCUGGAGGAGGACAGCUGGCAGCCCCCAGACUCGGAGCUGAUCCAGAAGCUUGUGGCUCAGAUCGAAUACUACCUGUCGGACGAGAACCUGGAGCACGACGCCUUCCUGCUGAAACACGUCCGGCGUAACAAACUGGGCUUCGUGAGCGUCAAGCUGCUCACUUCCUUCAAAAAGGUGAAGCACUUGACUCGUGACUGGAGAACGACAGCUUACGCUCUGAGACACUCGAAGAUGCUCGAGCUGAACGAGGAGGGUCGGAAGGUGCGGCGUAAAUCUGCAGUGCCCGUCUUUGCCAGCGAGUCGUUGCCGAGCCGCAUGCUGCUGGUGAGCGAUCUGCAGAAGUGGCCGGAGCUAGCAUCGCUCACGAAGGAUAACGGAGUCAGCGAAGGAGCGGCCACUCAGCAGGAGCAGCUGAUGAAGCUGUUGCUGAAAGAGUUCGGCACGUACGGCGCCAUCGCCUCCGUCAGAGUCCUGAAGCCGGGGAAGGAACUGCCGGCAGACCUGAAGCGUCUGAGCGGCCGCUACACGCAGCUCGCCGCCGAGGAGUGCGCCAUUGUGGAGUUUGAGGAGGUGGAGGCCGCAGUGAAAGCCAACGAAGCCGUAGGGUGCGAGGAUGGAGGCACCGGGUCCCUGGGGUUGAAGGUGGUCCUGAUCGGCACCAAGCCUCCCAAGAAGAAGGUCCCGAAAGAGCGUCCUCGGGAGGAAGGAGGGAUGCGUAAAAGUCGCUCGCUGAACAGCAGAGUUCGUGAACUCCAAUAUCACGGAGACGACUCGGCAUGCAGCUCCUCGGAAACCGAAAGCACCCCGACGUCCCCUCGCCUCGCCAGGAAGUCCCAGUCCUGCAACAAGCUCAGCCCCACCACCGCAGGGGUCAACUUCCAGCAGAACAAUCACCUCAGUCCUGUGAUUUCUCCGCGAAACAGCCCCUGGUCGAGCCCCCGUGCCAGCCCCUGUGCUCAGAGGAAAUCCCCCCACAAGUCUCCGUUAGCCAGCGAGGGCCGUCUGAGCCCUGAGGCGGGGCGUCGCUGGGCAGAUUACUCGUCGGACAGUAGCCUCACACCCUCGGGGAGUCCGUGGGUUCAGAGGCGUAAACAAGUGGCGUCCCAGGAGAGCAGUCCGGUGGGCAGUCCCAUGAUGGGGAGGAAGAUGCAGAACGCAGAUGGUCUUCCUCCGGGGGUCACGAGGCUGCCCAGGGGUCCCGACGGCACCCGAGGAUUUCACUGUGUCACCGUGGCAGAGCGGGGAAAAAGCGCCGCGACUCAGACUUGAUCAUGUGAAGCAUCCAUUCCUUCUUAUCCCCCCAGAAAGAAAGAAAAUUGGAAAUUUGAGCAGUUCUUGAACCCCCUCCCCUUCCCUUCACCCCACAUUUGAGACUGUGUAGAUAUAUUUUUGUUGAGUGCAUCAGUUUUCAGUCUUUGUUAUAUUUUUAUACGACGUUUUUGAGUUGGCUGCAUUAGUGAUUUACUAAUGGACAUUUGAGUGAAUGUAAAGUGAUCUUGGUUUUUGAAAUGGACUUUCAUCUCCAUUGCGGUUUAAUCUUGUUUUACAUGGGGGAGGGGUGGAAAAGGGAAUUUCACUUUUUUUUUAUUUGAUUGAAAGUGUCCUCUGUCUUGUGUGUAAAAGCUCACAACAUUGUCUGUGGAUGGUGUGUAAAUGUAAGUAAUGUAAGUGGCAUAGGUGCAUGGACCUGAUAGAGAUAUCACCAUAUGCCUUUCUGUAUUCGUCUACUGUGAGUUCACUUUUUCUUUGGUAUAUGUUAUUUAAACUGAGGCCAUAAAGCUCCACUGCCAUAAAGGUUGGUCAGUUAAAUCUGGGACAUGAUAUUUCUUAGUUUUUAUUUUGCCUUUUUUAAUUUGCUGAACGCUCUAAGUUGGGAUGGUCUCUUCCCGCCUUGUAAAUGUUAAUUUGUAGCUGCUUUAUUUAUUAUUUUAGCUUUUUUUCAUUAUUUUCUUGGCAUCUGUUUCCAUCAGUCUAAGCUCUCGGUGAGAUUCAGGGGAUGUUCAGGUCAAGCAGAAGGAAAAAAAAAAUGCUCUUAUGUUCCUGCCUUUACAUCUGAGCUGGGGUAUUUGUACAUUGCGAUUCCUAUUGUACAAAUAAAUCACUAAAAUUGCAAUUUG